GGGUAGGAUAGGGGAUUCUGCGCCGCUAAUCAAACUUUCGCGUUUUUUUGAUAAGAAUUAAAGAACGGAAGAACAGGGAUCGCGUUUUUUGACGAAAAUUAAUAAUUUGUCGCUCGUAACUAGCAGAAUAGAAGUUUGAUUAAUAAAAUAAAACUUCGUCAAAAAUGGAGGCAAAUAAAGACCCCCAAAAAACCACAAUGGUGUACAUCUGCGGAGAAUGCCAUUAUGAAAAUGAGAUUCGUCCCAGAGAUCCCAUUCGUUGUCGUGAAUGCGGUUACCGAAUCAUGUACAAGAAACGUACCAAGAGAUUGGCUGUAUUUGAUGCGCGAUGAAAUCAACCAUUAACAAGUUACUUUUGGCAUUACUGCGUCCCAUUCAUGCUGUCUGAAGAGAGGAAAUCUUUAUGUAAUAUUUUUGUAAAGUAAUGUAAUUUGAAUUAAUUAAUUAUACUACAUUUUAAAAUAA